AUGCUAUGGGUUUACCUCAUCCCUUUCGUUUUGAUGGAAGUAAACGAUGGAUUAGAUGUUCGACGAGCGAAUGUUUGGCGCCUUGAGAGACGGCGAAGCAUCAUUGAGCCACUUCAAAAUCGUUUUCGCAUCCACAAUCCAGCCAAAAAACUAGUACUGUUACAGUACAGCGAUGCACUGCUCACUGGAGUACCGGGAGAUAUUAAUGCACUUUAA